AUGGCCUCCACUAAGCAAGCAAAGUUCCUUUCACAAACACAGAUUAACGAGUUUAAAGAGUGUUUCUCCCUCUAUGACAAAAAGCGGAAAGGGAAGAUUACAGCCAAGGAUUUGAUCACAGUGAUGCGCUGUUUGGGGACAAGUCCCACCUUCAAUGAAAUUCAACGACACCUUCAGGUCCAUAAGAUAGAUAAAAAUGGAGAGUUGGACUUCUCCACAUUCCUGACGAUGAUGCACAGGCAGAUGCAGCAGGAGGAUCCUAAGACUGAGAUCCUGAUGGCUUUGCGCAUGACAGACAAACAGAAGAAGGGCUACAUCCAGGCCUCGGAGCUCAGAGCCAAACUCACAGGCCUGGGAGAGAAAUUAACAAAUAAAGAAGUGGAUGAGCUCUUCAGAGAAGCUAAUGUUCAGUCCAAUGGGCUCAUUCACUAUGAGGAGUUUACCAGAAUGGUUACCCUACCACCAGUUGACUACUGA